CACUUCCUUGUUUUUAUGUCAGCUGUCAAAUUCAAUUGACGCGCGAAAUAAGCAAAACAAAACAGAAAUGUCACAGUCGGGGUGUCCUCUUGGUGACAGAAUCCUAGUAGGUUACAUUUUACCCGAAAAGAAGGUUAAAAACCCCGAAAAUGACGACUCUGAUUGGGAAGAUGAUGAGGAGGAAGAAGAUGCACAGCCGGAUUUUCUGGAUAUGAAAGAGAUGGACAGCGUUAGUUCAGGAGGACAUGUGUUUAAUUCCUCCGUACCGGGCCGAAACGAAGUUGAUUUCCUGGACAGCGUGUCUGGUAAGAGAUGCAGAGUAAUGGGCCGGUUCAGUCUGAAGGACCCGUGGUGGGAGGCUACCUGCACGACCCGCGCUGCCAAGGGCAAGCUGGUGCUACGGGGCUACCCUGCCUACCGCCUUCGCUCAGACCUCCAGGGAGACCCGGACCACUCUGUCCUGUCUCUGUUCCUCACCGCCUGCGGCGUGGACGCACAGUUUGUCGUCCCCUUCUUUGCUUGGCUGCCGAUGGGAAGGAAGGUGGAGUUUGCUAACUUGCAGGAAGUUCUGGCUGAGUUUGAGGAAGGAGAGCAGCACAGGGCUUUGGCACAGCAGAUUAAAGCCUUGGUCUCUGUUUCAGUUGCAGGGAUGCGCGUGACUGCUGCCUCUCUGUACCCCCAUGUGAUGAGAUACCUGCCUACCCUACUGCCAGGGCGCUUCACAGAGCUCCUGAGUCGGGGAAAGAAAAGCCAAAAACAUCCUGCGGCACAGGGUGCUACACAGAUAGAGGAGGAGGAAGAGGAGGAUCUCAGCUUGCUGGCCAAAAUAGAGGAGAUGAUCAAGACGGACGUCUGGAAGCUGGGCUUUAACUAUGUUAUGUACAAGGAGUUGAAGGUGGUCCAUUGCGAGGCUCAGCUGAGAUCCUUCCAUGAGUGUAAACUCUUCCAAGAGAUCCCUCUGAAGCAGCGUAACGCCCUGCGAGUCUACGACUCUCUGAAGAACCACUGCUGCAGGACGGGCAGUACCUACACGGAGCUCCCCACCCUGUGUGACGAGGUCAGGAGAGGGUGUAGCUCCGUGAUGGAGGUGGAGGUGUGGGACGCAGUCCACUUCCUCAAAGAGCUGGGCGUCGUGGUACGGGAUCGCCAGAAGGUGGCGCUGCAGAACCUGCAUUCUUAUGAGACUGGGAUAGCUGAGUGCCUACGCUGUCUGGUGCAGGAAGAGCCCUGGGUUAUACCUCUGGAUGUCAUAGAGGUGCUGACUGCUUCAGCUCUGGAGAGGCUGAGGAAGACGGGAGGGGAUGGAGGGAGUAGGGAGGAUCAAGGUGAAGUGGACUCCGACGCAGAGCGGAAGGCUGAUGAGCUGAAUGAAAGGUGUGAUAUGGAUGGCAGCGCUGCAGAGACCGACCGUACUAGUGCUGCUGUUAGAACAGCCAGCGGAUACUCUGUCCCAGACCACAUCAAACCUGAACCAGCCCCUACAGACCAGGGCCCUCCAGUAGAUUUAGACCCAGACCAGGGCCCUCCUCCAGUAGAUUUAGACCCAGACCAGGUACGUGCAGCAGAGAUGAUCUGCUUCAAUCCAGUGACGGUGAUCAGCGGUAAGGGGGGCUGUGGUAAGACAACGGUGGUGAGUCUGGUGUUCAAGGCCGCCUUGCAGCAGAGCCCAGAGAAGGAGGUCAGGAAGGCAUGCUGGGACUUUGAAAAUGACUCCUUGGGGUCUGAGGCGUGGGAGGAAGCCGAUGCGUGGGAGGAAGAAGCCCUGUCGAAGAGUCUCCUCUCUCAGUUAGAGGGGGAGGUAAAGGACGAGAAGAAGAAGUCGUCGUCGUGGGUUUUACAGGGAGAGGACGAGGUGUUACUAACAGCACCGACAGGGAGAGCUGCGUCUCUGCUCACCAAGAGGACCUGCUUCAAGGCCUACACCCUGCACCAGGUAGUGUGGAGUUUCAUGCAGGCCAAGAAAGACCCCAACGGGGCUCCUGAGGAGUGGAAGUUUGCGUCUGUGCGCGUGUUGGUGGUGGACGAGGGCAGUCUGGUGUGUGUUCAGCUCCUCCACUCCGUCCUCACCAUGCUCACCAAACACGCACAGCUCAGGAAGUUCGUCAUCUUGGGUGAUGUGCGUCAGCUGCCCAGUAUCCAGCCAGGAAACACCUUGUACGACCUGUUCCACAGUCUGGGCCGAGCCCAUUGGGCCAUCGAGAUGAGGACCAAUCACAGAGCUGAGUCUCAACUCAUCGUCAACAACGCCGGACAAAUUGCAGAGAUGGGGAUGAAUCGUAGUUUCAGACCGCUCCACUACGACGCCAUCUUGGAUCUGAAUGGAAGUUACACCAUGCCCUCUGAAGACAAGAGGUUCAUCCUCAUCCUGCUGCCCAACACCGACUCUGACUAUGACCUUCAGGUGGCUAUCGAACUACUAUUGAAAGCAGCUCCAGGACUGAGGAAUGACGCCACGUCACAGUUCAUUGCCUUCAGACGGAAGGAGUGUGUCUUGAUCAAUGAGCUUUGCUGCAAACAUUACUGCGACCACCGUACCAAAAACAACAAGAACCGACUAGAUUUCCAGCCGAGAGAUAAAGUCUGCUGUACAAAGAACGGCUACGUCACAGACAGGAACAAGGAAGUGUCUCCCGAAGAAGAGGACUUGGAGAACAGCUACGUAUCUGACACGGACAGGACCAAGCGGAGACUUCCUGGUCUGGACGGAGGGGAGAGACGGAGAGGGAACGGGGCCACACAGAGAGACGGAAGUGGUGACAAAAUGAAAACUAAAGAGAAGAAUAAAGAGCGUCUGUGUAACGGAGAGAUAUUCUUCAUUAAACAUGACGUGACAGAGGAGGAGGCGGGCUCACAGCGGAGCAGGAAGCAGAGGUACUUGACUCUGGAUGAUGGUGACGGACGGAUGCUGUGUGUUUCCUUCAGGGAGCUGCAGAGAGAAUGUAAACUGCAACACGCCUGGGCUAGGACCAUACACACCUUCCAGGGGUCGGAGACCGAGACGAUUGUGUACGUGCUGGGUAACGGUAGCGUCCAGACGUGGAAACACGUGUACACGGCUGUGACACGGGGACAGAAGCGUGUAUAUGUCAUAGCCAAGCAGGAGGGCAUGGCCUCGGCCAUCAAGAGACGCAUCAUCCCACGUAACACCCGGCUGGGAACCCUGGUCAAAGAGCUGUUGGUCCAGCCUGGGGCUGAGGGGCAGGACCAACCAGACCAGAACCAACCACAGCCGGGCACACCUCGCAGGGCAGCCCCAGGCUUCGGGCCUACACAGACCACUCCUCUGGCCUCACAGACACCUAGCGGGUCUCUAAGGACCCCCUACAAAACCCCUAUAGCAGCACCCAGACUCAUUUCUACGCCCAGCCUAGCAGUCCCACUUCACGCCAAUCGUGUCCAGUCCCACUCUACGUCGGUCCUACCCAGGAAGCUGUGGAGAAAUGAGCCUCCAACAGCUCCUCAGGCAGAUGCCUCAGACACCUCUCUAAUGGACGACAUCACUUUCAGUCAGGCAUAUACCUGGUCGCCUAUGAACAGCAGCUCUGAGGACCCCUCUCAGGAGCAGCCUGGGUCGUGUGAGGAGGAAGAGGAAGGGAUCGAGAUGGAGGCUAGCAGCAGCGCUGUAGAGGAUGGACACAUGGGGAAGGGUUCACAUUUAGCUGCUCGGUCUGGGGUUGAGAGCACCCCUUCCAAGAGGACGCUCAGUCCUGACAGUGAGAAACAGAAUGUAACUCCUCAUAAACAGAUCAAGGUGGAGCCAUUCGAAUCACCGCUGGGCUGUUCCAGACUGCAGCAGCUCGCCCUCUGCACGCCCACCUCCCACGGCAAGCGGCUUUUCCAAGGUCCACCCUCCGAUCAGGACUGGAUGUCUUCUCUCCCUGACCCAUUGAAACCAGGAUAUCUUAUGAUUGAUGGCCACUACUGCAUUGAUACCAGGAUAUCUUAUGAUUGAUGGCAACUACUGCAUUGAUACCAGGAUAUCUUAUGAUUGAUGGCCACUACUGCAUUGAUACCAGGAUAUCUUAUGAUUGAUGGCCACUACUGCAUUGAUACCAGGAUAUCUUAUGAUUGAUGGCAACUACUGCAUUGAUACCAGGAUAUCUUAUGAUUGAUGGCCACUACUGCAUUGAUACCAGGAUAUCUUAUGAUUGAUGGCCACUACUGCAUUGAUACCAGGAUAUCUUAUGAUUGAUGGCAACUACUGCAUUGAUACCAGGAUAUCUUAUGAUUGAUGGCCACUACUGCAUUGAUACCAGGAUAUCUUAUGAUUGAUGGCCACUACUGCAUUGAUACCAGGAUAUCUUAUGAUUGAUGGCCACUACUGCAUUGAUACCAGGAUAUCUUAUGAUUGAUGGCCACUACUGCAUUGAUACCAGGAUAUCUUAUGAUUGAUGGCCACUACUGCAUUGAUACCAGGAUAUCUUAUGAUUGAUGGCCACUACUGCAUUGAUACCAGGAUAUCUUAUGAUUGAUGGCCACUACUGCAUUGAUACCAGGAUAUCUUAUGAUUGAUGGCCACUACUGCAUUGAUACCAGGAUAUCUUAUGAUUGAUGGCCACUACUGCAUUGAUACCAGGAUAUCUUAAUCAAAUCCUAUUUUAUACGUCAUAUGCACGGAAUACAAGUGUAGACCUUACCAUGAAAUGCUUACUUACAAGCCCAUAACCAAUAAUGCAAUUUUAAUUAAAGAGUUAAGAAUGAUAUUUACUAAAUAAACUCGUUUUUUUAAAAGUAACGCAAUAAAAUAAAAAUAGUGAGGUUAUAUACAGGGGGUACCGGUACCGAGACAAUGUGUAGGGGGGUAGAGGUUAGUCGAGGUGAUUGAGGUAGGUAGGGGUAACGUGACUAUGCAUAGAUAAUAAUGAGUAGCAGUAGUCAAGGUGAUUGAGGUAGGUAGGGGUAACGUGACUAUGCAUAGAUCAUAGAGAGGAGCAUUAGUGGG